AUGUCAGCACCAAGUAAGUGUAAUUUUCUACUACAAAUAACUGCAUGAAGUUCAGAUUUUGGAAUUGGAAAUAGAUGACCAAUUAGCUUGCAUAUAUAUGUGGCCACAGAAGUCGCUUCAUGAUCAGCGAUUCGACAGGGGUUAACUUUAUAAAACAGUUAUUUUGAAGCCAUUAUUGAACCUGUCGACUGAAUCGUAAAUAGAUAAAACGUGUGCGCUUCUGAUAACUGUGGAAAGCAUACAAUAUCGGUUGUAUCGAAUUAGAAAUUCGUAUGUCAUUUGGUUCCAAUUUAUAUUACUAAUUUACUAUUAGCCAUUUCGAUUUAGUUUCAUAAUGCAAUAAUGGCUGAAUAGCGCAUGCCUUUUCACAUAUAAAUGUGUUAGCGUAGCUAUAAGACUUCGUUUACAACUGAUUAAAUCGAAAACUUGCUUGAAUUUGUGCAAUAGUCAAGUUCACACGAUAUAGGCGGACAGCUAAACAAAGGGAACGGUUAAUUUGGGUUUCAAAUUAGUCUAAAUUUAUCUUGUAUUCUUGUGUUUUAUAUAUAGUCGGUGCAACAAUAUACAUUCAUUUUCUUCAGCAGAACUUUUUGUAUAAGUUCAAAAUUGUAUCUUUGGCUUAUAUUAUUUGAGCACCAGUAUUGUAGUGUUUCAAUAUUUGACAAUUACUAAGUAUUUUGUUUACUGUAAGCAAACAGCAUGCGCUAUGCUUGAAGGAUUAUUUCGGGUCAGUUUUCAACGGUUAUAGUCAAAACAUUGUGGGUUUAUGCUGGUCCCUAAGCGACGGGAACCCGUGGCAGCCACAGUUGGGGUUAAAUUAUGAAUUAUGCAUAAAUUCUGUGGCGUUGAUUUGCUUUGCGAUAAAACAAUCACCGUGAAAUCGUCUGAGCUUUGUAGGCUGACAUGUGGAAAGCAACGGGAAACGGCAGCGUGCCAUAUGAUCUUGACCUGUUGUAGCUAAACGGUGAAUUCCCUUCGUUUUCUCGCGUUUUUAUUUGUUAAUACUAACAAGGAUUUUACGUUUCAUCACAGACAAUAGACUCUAUAAACUGUUCAGUCUGAGCGACUGAAGUAUAUCCGAAAAUGCGCGAAAUGUGCGCGGUUGUGCACACUAUAUGUAUAUUAACAUCGCGUGCGUGAAAUCGGUCGUCGGUUUAAAAGCGCUGCAAAGGACUUAUGCCGUUGAUUGUCUUCGGCAUAACCAUCCAACCAUUCAACUUGGAUGGUUAUGCCGUUGACUGUCUUCGUCAUAACCAUUCAACUUGGAUGGUUAUGUCGUAGACUGUCUUCUACAUAACCAUUCAACUUGGAUGGUUAUGCCCUAGACUGUCUUCGUCAUAACCAUUCAACUUGGAUGGUUAUGUCGUAGACUGUCUUCUACAUAACCAUUCAACUUGGAUGGUUAUGCCCUAUAGACUGUCUUCGGCAUAACCAUUCAACUUGGAUGGUUAUGCCGUUGACUGCCGUUGACUGGCAAAAGUGUUGGUCAAUCUGUGCUAAUUAGGGCUGCUUCCCAGUUUUGCGCUUUUUCCGACGUACAGAAAAGUUUAAACCUUUCUAAAUUUUAUAUAAGUGCGGAGUGAACAAUAACACAACAUAACUGGCUGUAUCUUACAUGCAGUAUCCAUGAAUAUGAGUACUUCCGCACACCAGAAGACGCAUGCAUGCCGUGAUGCGCAUGUCAAGUAGCGACAAUAACAAAAAAUGUAAACAAUACUUUCUCGACUAAAAAAUGAUUAAUCCGUCUGAACGUGUAGCUCAGUUGGUAGAGCGUCCAUCUAGUAAUUCCAAAGUCGCGGGUUCAAGACCCAGCCGCGGCAGGCUUUAUCUUUCUGCUUACGCUGGGUAUGGAAAUUAUGAAAUACACACUCGAGAACAUUUUUUACUUAACAUACUGGGGGUACCUGCAGUGUAGGCAGGAAUGCCGGAACGAUGUGAAGGCAAGGGGGGCAGAUUUUCGUGAAAGGGCACUUUUGAAUUGAUAUAUAUUAAGCGAUGUUUCCAAAACAUUGGGAGUCGAACUUCGCCUAAUCAUGUUUUCUAUUUAUUGGAUGAUAGGGGUGUGAGGGGGGUUCUCCGCCAGGUGAUUGCGCUAUUCUUGAAGCUCGAUAACUGCAUUUCUUGCGUUUUCUGAAGCAAAUUCGUAAGAGAAUCGCACUAACAUUUCUGACAAUUCGUUAUUUCGGCAAGACAAUCCUCUAAAUUGGAAGGGCACCUUUGCCCCCCUUGCCCCUCCUGGUAAAGGGCAACGGGGGCGGCUGCCCUCCUGCCCCCCCCCCUCCCCCAGUUCUGGCAUCCCUGAAUGUAGGAAUUGCUGCGGGCAUUAAAAGUAAAGAAAACUACAGUAAACAACAUAAAUUAUAUCAAGCACAGUGAACUCUUCCCAACUAUAAAAUCCAUGUCUUCAACUUCUUUAAAAACUGUAUUAAUGAAAUUCAUACGAUUGAUAAUAUAUAUACGACGAACUAUCUUUACUACCAUUUAUUUGAACGAGUUUGUUUUGGCCGUCGCCGUCGCGCUGUCGUGACUGCCGUCCUGAAAUCGUAAGGUCUCUGAUCAUCUAAUGAUUUUUCAUUUCUCAUUUUCCAAGGUUUGACAAAGAUUCUUCAGAAUGAAAAUCCCCCGAAUGUCACCUUGGCAAAAGCGGCAGAACUCAGUCCGAUCUUUCUGAAAAACUGCAACACUGUCGUCGGGAAAAUUUGCGAACACAUUGAAGACAAUUUUCCAUCCCGUGUGGGCACGAUUAAAAAUAUUAUCCAG